CGUAGCUGGGUUGUCUGUGCGUCUUUGAACGCACCAGUGAGCGCGGCUCGUCAAACCCUCGGACACGUUUAGAAGCCAGACGACGAGGAGGAGGAGAAUAAGAGGAGGCGACGAGGCUCCUGGUGGGAUGAGAACAUCCUCAUUCAUCCGUUUUUUGAAGCUGGAAUAACUUGUGUCCGUCUGAGACUCGGCCGUGUGACGGGAAACUGCAGGUUAAACUCAGGAGGCGUUAUAUAAGGCGAAUAACGGACCCCGAUGAGAGCGCGCGUGUGACAGCGCAGCAGGGUUUGCCACCAUCACCGGAGAAGCGACAGAAGCUCUGGACCUCUUUUUUCACCCCCCCUCCCUCUGUGUUUGUGCGCUCAAAGGCGAUAAAUGCUAAUUCAUUCAAGUCGCUAGCUAGCUCGGAAGCCCCUGCCAAUGCUGCUCCAUUCACUGCGGUGUGCGUCGCGAUUUCAUUUAGCUAGGCGGCUAACCGGGGCGCAGAUGAGCUGAGUGCGUAGCGGAAUGAUUAACAGAAGAAACCUCCUCCAGGCUGCCGCUGAUGGCUCAGAUUAAUUGUCUGUACUGGCUUCGUAAUUUUUCUGCGUGAUUCUCAAAUCCAGCCGCGCAGUCCGCCGUGUCUGCUCUCAUACCUGGCGGGGGCCCUGUAUCAUUCAUAAACUGUCCUGGACGCAAAAGAAUGGGCCCCGGUCUUAAUUUGGAAAACAAAGAAUUAGGCUACUGAAGAGGUUAAGCUGGUUAGAGAGGCUUGCUCUGGCUUCUUUUUUUAAGCGCAGCUAGCGAGCUGUUUAACCAGUCAGUCGCCGCGUCUGGACCGCGCUGCUCGCUGGUGUCUUUGCCCAUAUUUUUCUUGCGUGCUGGUUUUUGCGCCUCACCACAAUGGGUAGUCUUGCCGGGAGCGCCGGGGCGGUUGAAGUGGAGCCCAUGCCAGGCUACAUAGAGUUCAUCACCAGAUCCACCAUCGUCAUGCUGGACGCGUGGAGAGACUGUAGCAGCUGCGGUCUGGAGCUCAGCAAACGGACUUUCCUGGAUAACGCUUACAUUACCUGGACCGAAAUCGCCCUGUUUUUCUUUUGCGCCUAUUUGUGGACGAAGGUCAGGAGGGGACUGACAGAAAGUCUGUUUAAGCCUCUCGGACAGUGGUGUAGGCUGCUGCCCAAAGAUGCUGCCAAGAUGCCAGAGAGCGCGUGGAAGCUGGUCUUCUACACCAUGUCCUGGUCCUACAGCACCUACCUGCUCUUCUUCACCUCCUACUCCUAUUUCCAUGACCCGCCCUCUGUCUUCUACGACUGGAAGAGCGGUAUGUCAGUGCCUACAGACAUCGCCAUCGCCUACCUGAUCCAGGGCAGCUUCUACGGCCACUCCAUUUAUGCUACCAUCUAUAUGGACGCGUGGAGGAAGGACUCUGCUGUCAUGGUGGUGCACCACAUCAUCACGCUGGCGCUCAUCAGCUUCUCCUACGCAUUCAGAUACCACAACAUCGGGAUCCUAGUGUUAUUCCUGCACGACAUCAACGACAUCCAGCUGGAGUUCACCAAGCUCAACGUCUACCUGAAGUCCAGAGGAGGAGGCUAUUACCUGCUAAACGACGUGCUGUCCAACUUGGGCUCCGUCAGCUUCAGCAUCACUUGGUUCUGGUUCCGUCUGUACUGGUUCCCCCUCAAAGUCAUGUAUGCCACAUGUGUGUCCAGCCUCCAGUCCGUCCCCCACAUCCCCUUUUACUUCUUCUUCAAUGCGCUUCUCUUCGCCCUGCUUCUCAUGAACAUCUACUGGUUCUUGUUCAUUGUGAUGUUUGUAGUGAAGCUGCUGAAAGUAAAGGAGGUGAACGAUGUUAGGGAGUACGAGGACGAGGACAGCAGGAAGGAGCCUCCAGCAGAAAACAGCGCUGAUGAUGCUGGACAUCACAACUCUGCACAGGGGAAACACGUGCAGAACGGGAUCACAAAGGAGAAGCAUUUAUAACAGGCCCUCCGUCGCCACCACCUGGCACUAGGCUGCUGGUACAUGCAAGACAAAGACGCCCUCCUUCAACGUGGAGCAUGUUUUAAAGGAAGAGCAUCUUGAAAGGGAAACAUCGAGUCUGAUGACUUUUUACUCUCUGUAUUUGUUUUUAGAACAUUUCAAAUCAUCGCUGUCAUUUUGUUUCCAGAUUGGUUUCAUUGGAGCACUGUGAAUGUUAUUUCAGCCGACUUUUUGUCUUACUCUUGUUAACUUUACAUUUGACAGAUUCAGUAGAAACGAGCAGUUUGAAUGAGAGCUGUGAUUGUCCUGUACAGCUGUGCACCCUGCGCAGCACCGCAGCGCCCAGGCGAGGAAAGGUUUUGGCCAGUAAAUGGUUCUGUAGACAUUUAGAUAUUUAGUAAUUCCUAAUGAAUCGCUUCCUCCGUCUUACACCUCCACCCGUCCUCUCUGACCUAUGAUAGGAGGAGGAAGGGCAAAAAACAAACAUGGCGCGGUGGUGUGAGAAAGGC